UCCUCCCUCCGCCCAGGGCGCCGAGCCAGACUAUGGGUCCCAGGUGGGGGCUGCGUGGCGGCAGCAGCGCGGGCGGCCCGGCCCCAGUGCGCGCCGCAGCGGGGAUGGGGGGGCUCGGUUGGCUGCUGGUGUUCUCUUGACAUGGCUCCCGCCCGAGCCGCGAGCAGCGCCCCCGCCGCCGCCUCUUCCGCCGCCGCCACCGCUCCGCCCGCGGGCUGCGGCUAAGGGCCCGCCCGCGACCCCGCCCUGCACCAUCCAAACUCGGGAAACAUGGUCUGUUCAACGUGAGCGCGCGAAUCCGGGAACUCCAUUUCAUUUUUCGGGGGGUGGGGUGGGCGUCCUGACAAAAAGUCAUUAAUAUUAACACAACUGUUUUGUUUUUCCCCGCUGACCCUUCCCGUUGGCCCUGCCCCGCCUCCUGGACCCGGGCGGGAAUGGCCUCCCCGAGGCGAUGAGCGAAGACCUGAGCGACCCGGUGCCUCCCGCGGUGCGAGUGAGUCGCCGCCGCUGACGGCCGAGCGGGGAGCGGGCCUGGGGGGCGGCAGGCAGGUGGUCCCCCGGCGCGGCCUGGAUUUGGGAGAAGCACCCGCCCCCUUCGCCUCCGCGAUGCCCACGGUCUGGGUCGGGGCGAAGCCCUAGGCAAGGCUCCCCUCGGGGCAUGUAGGGCUCCUCGCUGGGCUCGGGGUGCUGUCGGACCGCAGAGCCGGAGCGAUCCUCCAUCGUGUUCUCGACCCCGCGCCCCUGCCAUCAUGGUCCCGGGCAGCAGCGUUCGCGGCCGCCCGCGGGUGGGGUGGGUGAUGGGGCAGUUGGCCAUGACUCCGCGGUUUCUCCUCCUGGCUCCUGUGGGCGACAGCUGCCCGCCCCCGGCAUGCACUGUAGUUGAUCGCAGGGACACCCUGGGCCUCCCCCCCUCCUUCUCCACCGAUUUUGCACUGUCGUCUUUGCUCACCACCAAGAGUAAUCACUAGCGGCGCCUUCGAUCCGUAGCAAUAGUGGAGCCUGAGAGAGCGAAGAGCUGAUAGGUUCUGCAGCCAUGGGCCGGGCUGGGUAAAAUCCGAUCGGGUAUUUCAGUUUCAUUCGCCUUCCCUGUUUUGGUGUUUGGGGAAGGUGUUUUUUUUGUUUUGUUUUUUGUGGGUUUUUUUUUUCUUCCUCUUUUUCAUUUUUUGGUAUUUGGAAAGCAAGGAUCACCCUUUCCCCCUCCCUGAACCUUUUCAUCAUCCCUUUUCUAACCAGAGGGGAAGGUCCGGAUGGGCUGGGAUCGGACUGGUGCCGGCUGUGUUACCUGCACACCUAAAUCCUGAGAAGAGGCUUUCCACGCCCCCUCCCCCUCCCCGAAAGCCUCUAUUUGGGUCCUUAAGCCAGAUGUGUUUUCCAAAAAAUUAGUUCAAGUAUUUUCUCUUUCCUUCCUUCCUCCGCUUCCUCCUUCCCAUCCCGCCCCAAACGAGAUUGUCCGGACAUGACUGGGCAGCACCUUUGGCCUCGCGACCCUGUAGCAUGACAGUCUGCUAAUAUUGCCAGAGGGGCCGUUUGGGGUUGCAGCUGGGACUUUAGCCAUUCAAUCCUAUCAGCAGGGGAAAUGACUUGUUUCUGUUGUACUUGAGUCUUAAGAAAAAGUGCCCAUAGUUUAGCGACAAUUUCCAAAGGCUUUAGUACCCCCUGUAUUUCAAAAUGGGGGACCCGAACUCCCGGAAGAAACAAGCUCUGAACAGACUCCGCGCUCAGCUUAGGAAGAAAAAAGAAUCUCUAGCUGACCAGUUUGACUUCAAGAUGUACAUUGCCUUUGUGUUCAAGGAGAAGAAGAAAAAAUCAGCACUUUUUGAAGUGUCUGAGGUUAUACCAGUCAUGACAAAUAAUUAUGAGGAAAAUAUCCUGAAAGGCGUGCGGGAUUGCAGCUAUUCCUUGGAGAGUUCCGUGGAGCUUUUACAGAAGGACGUGGUACAGCUCCAUGCUCCUCGAUACCAGUCUAUGAGAAGGGACGUGAUUGGCUGUACUCAGGAGAUGGAUUUCAUUCUUUGGCCUCGGAACGACAUUGAGAAAAUUGUCUGUCUCCUGUUUUCCAGGUGGAAGGGAUCUGAUGAGCCUUUUAGGCCUGUUCAGGCUAAAUUUGAGUUUCAUCACGGUGACUAUGAAAAACAGUUUCUGCAUGUACUGAGCCGCAAGGACAAGACUGGAAUUGUUGUCAACAAUCCGAACCAGUCCGUGUUUCUCUUCAUUGACCGGCAGCACUUGCAGACUCCAAAAAACAAAGCUACAAUCUUCAAGUUAUGCAGCAUCUGCCUCUACCUGCCACAGGAACAGCUCACCCACUGGGCGGUUGGCACCAUAGAGGAUCACCUGCACCCUUACUUGCCCGAAUAGAGUGCUGACCAGCAAGUGGAGACGAUCAGAUGCAGCGGCAAUUUUUUCUUGUUUUCUUACCACUUUAUUCUAGAGUUUAAAGAAAAUGGACUCAUGCACAGAACACUAUGCAUUUUGAAACUUGUUCAUCCUGGAUUUUUUUUUUUAAUCAUUUGUAUCUCAGAACUUAACAAAUUCAAUGUCUUCUGCACAGACUGUGUGAGAGGAUGCUUUGCAUCUUUGCUGCACUGCGUCAGCAUCUUAAAAUGUGAAGUGAAGGACUAUGUACACUGAAAUGCCGAUGUGUCUGAAAGCACCAGGUGAUACCAUGGUUGAUGGUCUUCCAUUUGUGCUGGUUUUGCCUCUUUGGCAUCUGUCAUCAGUAUUUAGAGGGUGAGAAGGGAAUGUAACAGGUAUAAAUAACAUUUGAGAAACUUCAUAGCUUUGCUCUAAUCACCGUUGAUCCUGAGCACUGUCAGAUUCAUUCUAAUAACCAGAAGUGGUUGUUUAAAAAAACACACAACCACAGGAAAGAAACCUUAAAUGAAAAAAGCAUCUCACUUGUAGGCAUUCUUGCCUCCUAUUUUACUGGGCCAUGUUUGUUUCCUGGUACUCAUAAAUAUGUGUUUUAUUUCCAGAUCGCUUUCCAGGCUGCUGUUACAAAGUGUUCUGUGCGGACACAGUCAGACACAGGAAAGCAGAUCUGGAGCCUCGAGUGGCUAACGCAGCUGUCAGCCCGAUUCGCUCGUAGCUACAGAAGCCAGGAUAGGUAGAGGACUCGCCUUUUGGUUUUCGUUUUCUUUUCUGGUUUUAAAGAGGAGAUUUUUAUUACAAAGAAAAAAAAUUCCAGUGAAUUGUGCAGAAAUACUGGUUUCUACACCAUCCUUAAGAAAAACUUAUAAAGGUUUUUUGGGAGUAGGAAAAAGUUAUUGAAGUUGAAAUCUUAAAUUGUAAAAGCCACCACUGAGUGUCAGAGUUACAAAAGCAGAACUCAUUUUGUGCAAUGAACAGAAGGAAAGACUACUGUAUAGCUUUUUGUUUUGUUUUUUGUUUUGUUUCUUUUAAAUGAAGAAAAGCUUUGCUUAAGGGUUGCAUACUUUACUGGAGUAAAUCUGAAUGAUCCUACUCCUUUGGAACAAACAGUGCUUACUGGUUUCCAAUUGUAUUUAGCUUUGGGUUGGAAUUUGAAAAAAUGAAAACCUAAAUAAAAUAGGUGAAGUUCCCUGACUAUUCAGGUAAUACACAA